AUGGAUCCGAAGUGUUUGUACGGUCUUGACGGUUCCGAUUCAGGAUUCGAGAUGAGUUUUGAUUCGGAAAACGAAGCCGCGUUUUCGUUAGACGACACCAUGGGCUCGGAGGGUUUCGCGUCAUCGGUGAGCUUAGCCGACGAAGAUCUGCAAGUGAAGCCGAAAAAACGCCGUCAAAGAAGAACAAGAGAACGUAGUCCAACACAGCUGAUUAAAAUUAGAAAACACCGUCGCAUGAAGGCCAACGACAGGGAACGGAACAGGAUGCACAUGUUGAACGAAGCCCUGGACAGACUGCGAUGCGUUUUGCCUACGUACCCCGACGAUGCAAAAUUGACGAAAAUCGAAACACUGAGGUUCGCACACAAUUAUAUUUGGGCACUUUCUCACACUCUACAAGUCGUUGAGUCCACCGAACAAUCGCCUUUAGAUCAAAACCAACCACUUAUGUUAACCAUGGGUGAUGUGACGGUUAGCAUCGGUCAACAAGGCAAUAAGAUCACUUCGUCGACGGGCACGUGCGCGCUCGCGCAACAGAAGAAACCCGGUGGUUGCGCUUCAGACGUGCCCGAACCGUCACCGUCGACCCCGACCCCGACGGCUCUGGCAACCUCGACGCCCGUGAAGAAAUCGCCGUCCGUUCACUGCUUGGACGACUCCGGUUACUUCGAAGAGCCACGGGUCGACCACCACCAUCACCAAUUCCUUCACCGUCAUCAUGCCACGACGGUGGCCGCUGUCGACGAGUACGCAGGCCACGACCACGGUGGUUACCGACCGGACUCCAGGUGGUUCCAGAGACAGGAGGACGGUCAUCACCAGCACCAGCACCAGCCGGCCAACGAUAGGACGUGGCCCGACCCUUCGUACUGCGACCCGUACCCGCUAACCAAUCACUGGCCACAGCCGACCGCUUGGCACAACCACGGGCCGCUGACUUACCCCUCGUCCGUGGACCAGAUGUGCCACGAACCGAUGAUGUUCUACUCUUGAGACUGCUGACGUAAUCUCGUACCGAUCCCGGUAACUUCCGCUCAACUCUUCCGGAAUUGCGCUAUCGGUAUGCGUAAACAAAAAUAAUAACACGGUCCCGUCCGCCUAUUCCUACUCCUUUUCCUCGUCCGGUGUUCGCGUCAUCCAUCACAACCGAUCGUAUCCGUGAUACGGGCACACAUGCCUUAUCGACGUUCGCAGAAAUCGACUCGGCUGUAUUAUUAAAUAUUAUGUUUGUAAUAUUAUAUUAUUAUUAUUAUUAUUAUUAUUAUUAUUAUUAUCUAACCUUUUUCCAUCGGUUUUAUUUUCCUUAGAAAAAUAUGCACUUGUUGUGAACACUCUGAUAUUGUAAUAAUAUUUUUGUACACGUGUAAAAUAAAAACGUA